CUCAAUUCCUGCCAAUAUAUAAAAUCAACAGAAAACUACGCAUGGUUGCUGUUGUUUCUGAACAUUCGACAAACACAGAUCACGAUCAAAAUGAAAUUUGUGGUACUAGCUCUCUGCGUAUACGCCGUAAGCGGCGCCACCAUCGGUAACACCGCUUUCCGUCCCUGGCAGAAUCCUGCCUUUGUAAGAACUACACAAACCGGAGGUUAUGCCAAAGCGACAGCUCAAGUGUCUGUGCCAGCCACCCAGGUUGUUCAAGAAACAGUCGUCCCAGCCGUCGAAGUAACCAAAACUGUCGUGGAACCCGUUCAAAAGGUCGCCAAAGUGGCUGUUCCUGUAGUGCAACAGACCAAAAUCGCCACUCCAGUCGUUCAGUCCCGUGUCGCCGCAACCGCAGGAAUUACUGGAAAAUAUGCUACUCCUUACGUGCCGGUUGAAGGUGUAAACAAGGAUGUCAAGGCUGAAACGCUGCGAUCGGAGACCGAAGUUUUCCCGGAUGGCUUCCAAUACACUUAUGAAACCUCAAACGGCAUCUCCGCUGCUUCCAAUGGUGAAUUGAAGAAAGUUAACAACGUUGAUACGCUAGUUGUGAGAGGACAGUACCAGUACGUGUCCAGUGAAGGUGUUCCCAUCACCGUGACCUACAUCGCUGAUGAGAAUGGAUACCAGCCACAGAGUGACGUGUUGCCCGUUGCACCUCCUGUACCAGUGGCGAUCGCCCGCGCGGUUGAAUACCUCCGCACCCAUGCCCCGAAGACUGAAACCGUCAAAAAUUACUGAUUUCCCAAAACAUCUAUACCAACAAUAACUAGGCGAAACAAAAUUAAAAAUCAAACGACGACUAAUGCAAGUUAGAUAGGACUCCCAAAAGAUUUAGUUUGAUGAAAAAGUGUUACGAAAUAACAGAGUUUUUACUUAUGAUGUAAAUAAAUGAUAAGAAAAUUAUAACCAAUGUGUUUUUUG